AUGGAGACGCUAUCAUUGGGAAUGCACUGGUCACACACCAGCUAUGCAGAUGAUUGCUUUCUGGGCACCAUUGAUGAAUCUCUGUUAAGUCCUAAACCUGCACUACAUCAACCACUGUAUGCGCUGCAGGGACAAGAGGAUAGUGAUCAGCUUCUGGGUGUCCGCAACUCAAGCGCUUCCCACAGAAUAGCAGAUGGGCCGAUUGCACAAACUCACAAAAAAAUGUCACAGCAUCGGCUGCUGCUCUUCCUCCGCUUUCUGGAUAGCUUUGUAAGCGACUUUGUUAGCCAGGCAAAUAAGAUCGCAGACUAUCACAACAACUUGAUCUUUCGCAGAAUUCGAAAGGACCUCUUUCUAUCCCUUAGAGAACACUUUAACUAUCGAAUGGCCCCCAACCCAUAUUCUAGUGACAUUGUGUUCACCGCCUUUUUCCUUUUUAACGUGCUCGUGCAGUCAGUUCAAAAGCAAAAUUGGAACCCCAUUACGCUUCCAGACCACCUUACCGAGAUUUUUAGCCAGCGAGACUCAAUGAAAAGACUCAUUGUGCUGUGUGUGAAACAGUAUCAUGAGGUCGGCCGAACACCCAAAAGUAAGCAGCUGGGUGUGCCCCCGAAUCGCUAUUACCGUUGUCUGCAACCCUUCUUUAAGAAUGAUACCUUUAUCGUUUCACUUGUUCAUACAAUUCAAGAUCGCAUAACCAUGGCCAUUCAGACUGUUACACGAUACAUUGAGCAACGUAAGGCACAGUUCAGCGAGCAGAAACGUGCUACUAGUCGGCGUGUAGUCAGGAAGGUUUCCAAAGAAAAUACUAGAACAUCUAGAGACAUGUCCAACACAGCAAAGGCUGGAGAGACUGAUGCGCCCCCUAGUGUGUCCAAAAAUGUGCGUAGUACUGAUGUUCAUUCCACAAGUGUUGGCGAGUUUACUCCCUCGGGAACCCAGGAGCUUUCAGAAACCUCCACAAGAAUCGAAGAAGGUUCGUAUCCGUUCAACGCAUCUCAGGACCAAGUGGAUCAGUGGCUAACUGACUAUCUUCAGCACACAAAUAGCGGGUUCUACGUUGGAGAAGACUUCAAUCUGGAUGACCCCUGCUUCCUGCCUAUCAAUUAA